AUGGAUCACACUAUGCAAGAUGCCCCGGCCGACGUGCUGGCGGACGCCAGGCGAACGCUCGAGGCUCUGAAGAGCUCUGGACUUUCUCGCGAAGUUUUGUUGCAAAUGUGGGAGGCCGACGACAGGGCGCAACAACACACACCUCAACACGAUACUUCCAUGGAAGAUGCUUCUACACGAGCUAUUUGCCAUGGCCAGAUUGGUCACCGACCGCGCAUCUCUGUUUCAUCGACGAGCUCAGGUUCCUCUGGUCAUGCGAGUAUCUGGUCUAUGGGAUCCGCCAACUCCAGCGCGACCGUCGCUACCCACUACUCCCAAUCCUCUCAGACACCAUCUCCUUCUCAGCAAUCCGCACCCCAAGCUGCCGUCGGCGUUCCUGGCAGCCUUCCCCAGGUUGCAAGCGCUCAGACGGGUUGGGGCCCCGGCCGCUUUAACUUUUACUGGUGCACAUCCUGCGAGACAAGAUUUAAGCGCAAGUACGAUUGGAAGCGCCACGAAGAAGAGUUCCAUGAGCGCUGGAAGAAGUACCCGUGUCCCGAACCUGGCUGCAACAGAAGCUUCUGGGGAGCCAACACUUUCAACCAGCACCACAAGGCUUCUCACGGCUGCAAGACAUGCCCUCAUUCCGAAAAGGUGGUCAAGUACCUGAAGAGGAGGAAGUACUGGGCCUGCGGCUUCUGCUCUGCUCUACAUCCUUCUAGAGAGCGCCAUGUCGAGCACGUUGCGAGACAUUUUGAGUCCGGAAAGACGAAAUCAGACUGGAUGCACUCCAGAGUUAUUUAUGGCCUCCUCCAUCAGCCACUGAUCCACGAGGCAUGGAAGGACAUUCUUAUGUCCAAGGCCGCCGAGUUUAGCGGACGCCAACCCAACUUCAGCUGGAAUCCAACACAGACGGGCCGUGCCCAAGGCUUUAUGGAGAAUGAAAGCCCGGGUCAACUUCAAGACUUGCUCGAAUUCUUUUCUGGCUCCAGCACCGAGGCCGAAUCCAUCGUCUCCAUUGCAUAUAAGCUCGCCGACCUUGUUUUCCUUCCCGUCCCAGCGUCGCCUCCCAUGCAGUACUCGCAAUGCUACGCCCCCGCGCCCGCUAUUCCUCAACAAUACCCAUCUCAGCCUCUCCUUCCGCCUCCUUCGAUACCCUCUCAAACCCUGCCGACGCAGUCUCCUCAGCCUCCUGUUCUACCUUCUCAAGACACUUCGCCAGGACCGUUUAUGGACCAGAUGAGAGCGCAGUCUAUGAUGCCAGCUCCCUUAUUUCACACAUCACAACCACGCGCGACAACAGAACCUCUGCGCCGGGCGUCACUUGAUAGGGAACUCCCGCCCCCGCCUCAAGAGACGCAGCCCAUGAAUUUCCAAUACAUCCCCGAUAACAUGGUUUUUGAGGACUGGGAGAGCUUCUCCAGCACAGUCGUCGACGAAAAUGCACCAGCGCCGACAACAAUGUCGACAGAAUGGCCGCUGGUGCCUGUACAAUAUUACAAUGCUCCCGUGGGGCCAUGA